AUGAGUAAGUUGUUCCCUCGCACCUUUCCUCGUAAAGGAGAAAUUUACCAAAUUAAUUUUAGCCCUAGCCGAGGCAAGGAAAUUAAAGAAGUUCAUCCAGGUUUAAUCGUUAGCAAUGACAUUCAAAACGAGUACGGACACUAUGUGAUUGUAGCUCCCAUUACCUCUACUUUAAAAAGAGAAAGGUUAUUUGAAAAAGUUAUCGUUCCCAGUCAGGAAAAUGGUUUAGCAAAAAAGAGUAAAAUUCUCCUUAACCAAAUCCGAAGUAUCGACAAGAAAAGAAUAAUUAAGUACUAUGGACAGGCAGAAAGCGAAAUAAUGAUGGAAAUAAAAAGUAGGUUGCAAUUAGUAUUAGAUUUAGAGAAUGAAUAA